CUGGUUCUAGUUGAAUUGAAUUGAAUGGACAAGCACCGAAAGAUGGCGACUAUGAAGACAAUGAGCUCUGGAUUUUGAAGGUAAAUAAAGUGCCUUUGCCGCCGAAAACAAGGAGAUUUUCCUCGCUUCUAUAAUUUCAUUAUAUGAUGUGAUGCAAAAGAAACAGAAAGAGGUUUCAUACUCUUGAGUCAACCUUCGUAUCGCCAUGUCACAUCAAUCGACUAAAAGAAAUCGACUUGACCCAGAACAAGUAUUCACAAUUCAACAAAAGAUUGGAAAGGGAUCAUUUGGUGAAGUUUUUAAAGGAGUUGAUAACAGAACAAAUACAAUCGUGGCUAUAAAGAUCAUAGAUCUUGAAGAGGCUGAGGAUGAAAUUGAAGACAUUCAGCAAGAAAUCACAGUUCUAGCCCAGUGUGACAGUGAUUAUGUCACAAAAUAUUAUGGAUCCUACUUAAAGGGCACAAAAUUAUGGAUCAUAAUGGAGUAUCUUGGAGGGGGUUCAGCCCUCGAUUUGAUGAAGGCUGGACCCUUUGACGAAAUUUACAUAGCAGUUAUACUUAGAGAAGUUCUCAAAGGUUUAGAUUACUUACACAACGAAAAGAAGUUGCAUCGAGAUAUCAAAGCUGCAAAUGUUUUACUCUCUGAAAAUGGCGACGUAAAAUUAGCUGACUUUGGGGUUGCUGGUCAACUUACCGAUACGAUGAAUAAAAGAAACACUUUUGUUGGCACUCCGUUCUGGAUGGCACCAGAAGUUAUCAAGCAAUCUGCUUACGAUUCUAAGGCGGACAUAUGGUCGCUUGGUAUUACAGCCAUAGAGCUAGCAAAGGGUGAACCCCCACAUGCAGACUUACAUCCAAUGAGAGUUUUGUUUCUUAUUCCAAAAAAUAACCCUCCAGAGUUAUCUGGCAGCUUCAGUAAACCAUUCAAAGAAUUUGUUUCCCUCUGCUUAAACAAAGAUCCAAGCGAGAGACUCUCUGCGAAGGAACUGCUCAAACACCGAUUUAUAAAGACGGCAAAGAAAACAGCAAUAUUAACAGAACUUAUAGAGAGGCACGCUCGGUGGAAAGCAGAAGGAGGGGAAGAUCUAGACAGUUCAGAUGAUGAGGACAGUGAAGGCACUACACGUUCUCAGGCUGAUCAACCGACUUGGAUUUUUGAUACAAUAAAAUCAUCGCCGAAAACGAAUUCAGAACUCGACAAGAUGAAUGAUGACCGGGGGAUAAACUCGCCAAAAACAGGAAGGCCCGAGAGACAACUAUCAAAAUCCUUGAAGAAACUCUUACCAGUCCUGGAUGCGCUCAAAGUCAAACACCAGUCUAAAAGUUCAAUUGUUGAAGAUUUGGAGACAGUCAUCCAAGAUACGGACCGAAAAUGUCCCGGAAUCUGCGAUGCUUUCGUUGGAGAAUCACGGAUAUCGUCAGAAGCCAUGCAACUAAUAAUCGAAGAUAGCCCAGAUAUGCGAGAAAUACCACUAGCAACGUCGUUGAAAGCUCAAUAAUUUCGAUUGGACGGCAAGGGAGAAGAUUUUGGCAAAACAUGUUUUUUUACGAAAAGCAUAUGUCCAGGACCACAGAUCCUGUUAUAAAUCGCUCUCUAUUGCAUCGUAUGGACAGUGACAUUUCAUAAUCAGAGUUUGCAAAGAACAAUCCAUUUUUGAUAGUUAGCUGACACAGCAUCUCCGUAUUGUUUCUAUGUUAUGAUCAAAUUUUACCUAAGAAGCGAACUCGCUUGUUUUAUUCUUUAAAUAUUAUAAUCUAUAAAGCAGAUGCUAUUUGAAUUGCAAAUAGCAUUUUCCCCUUAAAUUAAACUUUGCGAUACGUGUCUUUUUCGAUGAAUCUCGUGCAUAACUUAACAAAAUUCCAUAGAUUGGUAAGCGGUUUGUAUAUAUUAUCAGCUAUAUUUUUAACUGCACGUUUUCCCCAUAGCUGUUACCCUAUCGCAUUUACAGUUAACGUAAUUCCGAGUCCUUGUUUUUCCCUAAACCAUUUUCCAUCCCUCUCAUCUCACCGAAAACUAUAUUCCAUCUUUUGCUGGUUCAAAGCAAUUUUCGACGUACUUAGUGCCUUUGAAGGGUUCAUUAAAGCGCCUACAGAAUACAACAUUAGAAGAUUGAAACGUAUGCGUUAAUUCUUGAAAAUGGCAGCUAAUAUUGCCAUGUCAAUAAAGUUUGUAUAGUUGCGUAUUUUGCCGUUCUUAUAUUUUUCUCAAAUUUGCCAAAUAUUAACCAUAUAUUUACACUGUGUAUAGCAAGUAUUUUUCUCUUUGAAGAGACUCCAUUAUCGAGGUUUCCAUCACAUUCUGCCUUCAGCUCAUUUUUUUCUUUGAGGAGGUCAUAAUCUUUAUUUUGUAGUUUGCUCAUUGAAGAAUCUUCUAAUAACAUGUCUAUAAAUAUAUUGUUUGAAUUCCUAAGUACUCGUUCUAUUGUUGGUUUCUCAGUUGAUAUCAAUACAGCUGGUUUAAAAUUGUAUUUAAUAUCUGAAUUCCUUGCAUUAAAUAGCCUUGUGUGUUUUGAAUUUCAUUUUUGAAGCAGCAAUAGUAGCUCAUCGAAUCUUCCUCUUUUAAAGAUGUUUUCAAAUAAUUAUGUGUCAUU